UAAUGUUGUCCACAGAAUUUAAGUGAACAAUGAAGCAUACAGUAUGAAGUCUGAACGUUUUCCAGAGUUAGAGAAAGCAAUUCUGCGGUUUGGUUUGACUUUUCAUGUUUUGGAAGGCAUUUAUUUAAACGAAUAGGCCUACGUAAACAAACCCACUUUGCUUAAACCGAGACUGUAUUCUGUGCUCAGUAACCGUUUUUAGUAGCCUAAAUAACACUAGGCUAAAUGUAAUGCGCUUCCUAGGUCGCUGGGGAUUGUCAACUGUGCAGAGUCUGUGCAGCGAAAGCCCGUCAAACGCUCAUGCCCUCUCAUCUAUCAUAAUGGAAGAUCGGGCAUGCAGCCAGAUGAAUCGACUGCUCUCUAAAACCAGACUAAUUAACCUGUGCGGUACAGAACACCUCAAGUCCAGAGUUCAACCUGUCUCCAGUGUCAGCAAAGAUAGUCCCUUGACUGCAUACUGCAAGAAACGCGCGUCCGAGAUGAGCAAUCGUCGGGUGGCCAUUGUGGGAGCCGGGGCCGCGGGUCUCUGUGCCGCGCGCCACAUAAUGGCGCAUUCUAAACACUUUGCUUCUCCCGUGGUGUUCGAGCAGACGGAAACCGUGGGUGGUACUUGGUUCUAUGAGGACAGCGAGGAGACCCAAGACAGCAGACGCCAUGUCCAUAGUAGCAUGUACAGAAAUCUAAGAACAAAUCUCCCUAAGGAGGUGAUGAUGUUCCCUGAUUUCCCCUUUGAUGCCCACCUACCCUCUUUCUUGCCUCAUCAGGAUGUUCAGAAAUAUCUAGAAAGAUAUUGCGAACAUUUUGCCAUUACACCUCACAUCAAGUUUAACACAGCAGUAGAAGAGGCGAGGCCUAUCGCCAUGGAGAUGGACAGAGAGAAAACCAUGGCGUGGGAAGUUACCACACGUGACCAACACGGAACACAGAACACUGAAACCUUCGACUCUGUGUUCAUCUGUACUGGGCAUUAUUCUGAUCCACACAUCCCUCCUAUCCCAGGGCUGCAGUAUUUUAAAGGCAAGGUGAUGCACAGCCAUGCCUACCGCCGCCCUGAACCCUUCGCUGGUCAGUCUGUCAUAGUCUUUGGAGCCGGAGCAUCAGGGCUGGACAUAUCCAUUGAGCUGGCUAAAGCAAUGGCACAAGUGAUGUUGAGCCAUGGCAAGCCAGCCUUGACCUUCUCUUUGCCCCCCGGCAUCCAGCAGGCCCCUCCCCUGAGCAGGGUCAUUGAGGACGGCCGCGUGCAGUUCAAGGAUGGGUCGCUGGUGGAGGCGGAGGUCCUGAUGUUCUGUACAGGAUACAAUUUCAGCUUCCCAUUUCUGCACCCUGAGCAACUACACUUAGAUAUCCGGGACCAUUUGGUGGCCCCCCUGUACAGGUUCAUACUGCCCCCCGCCUACCCUUCACUCUUCUUCUUCGGGAUUUGCAAAACUAUCUGCCCCUUUCCACACUUCCAUUGCCAGGUCCAGUUUGCUUUGGCGGUGCUUGAUGGGACAGUGAAGCUGCCCUCUCGAGAGGAGAUGGAACGAGAGGUCCAGAACAUGGUGGACAGGAAGACAGCGAUGGGCGUUCUUGAGAGACACCUACUGAGAAUGGAGUCUGAGCAGUGGCGCUACUAUCAAUGUCUGGCUGACAGUGGGGGGUUUUCACCACUGCCUCCAGUGAUACAGAGUCUGUAUGAGGAGGUGGCAAGACAGCGGCAGAAACACCCACAGAAGUACAGGAAUGCGAACUAUCGACUCGUUACUGACACCCAGUGGGAAUCCAUAGAGAAAACACACUGAACAGAAAUACAUUAAUUCCGGUGUGGUGAUUAAAUUCCAAGAUAAUUUAGCAUAACCUGUAUUAUAAAUGUCUUGGAAAUGGGCAACUUUUAUAUAUAUUGAUUACGUCUGGUAAAUUGAUGUCUAUAGCCUUAUCCAAACGUGUCCGAAUUAUUUUUAUACUGAAAUGCUUGAAAUGAACAUGAAAGUAACAGACACGUGAAUAUUUAAAAGAUAAUUGUAAGUUAGUAUAUGAUUGAUUAGAUAGCCACCCACGCUGUCUAGGCCUAAAUUGCACAAGUAAGUGUUGCGCAACAACUGCUCUAACAGACACGUUGCUCAGACGUGGUUUGAAAAACUAAGUAAGUGGCCUUUCAGAUGAAUGUAGGAUGUCCAUCGAUAAUGGGAAGCACCAUACUGUGGAGUCUUCUCUAUUGGACUACAUAUUGGCUGGCGGCAUUCUGGCUUAACGAUUGCCUAAAUUAACUCCUUCCAAGAGCGCACGCAGGAAUCCCAGUUUUCCCAUCUGUUUCGAGUCGAGUUAAGGAUUGUGAAACUGGACACCUAAACUGUUUCUUAACCCUUUGUGUCAACUUGUUCGUGUCUUUAAAUGUUAUGUUUAAAUUAAAUUCAAACACAUUUUUCA